CCGUCGCAUGCAACUCGCAAAUGCAGCUCUCAACUACUAGCCAAUGGCUUGCGCCGCAGCGACUGAAACUUGCGUUUAAUUGUGCCCAGAUUUCAGAGUGUAUGCGGCUCUUGGGAGUGCUGACGGUAACUUCCAAUACGUCAUCCAACUUGCCGUUUUGGGGAUAUGUCUUAGUCUCCAACAACCGGGAAUUUACCCCCUCGCGGUUGUGCGCAAUAGCCGCAAAGUGCAAAAUCUGGGGUCAAUCUACAUGAGGAACUCGGCGUUUGGUGCCCGGCACAUGUCAUCUGUCAAGAUGUCAACGUUUUCUCGAGUUUAAAAGGGUCCAGUGCUCCACUUCGUGGCUAGUCUACCAUGGGGUGGCAGGUAUGCCGUCAUUGAGUUCCAGUCGUUACCAGCGUAUUUUUUUAGGGCUCACUAUAUUUUUGGGGUUCGUCUUCUUGCUUGUGAGCAUUGGAAAGAUUGUUAGUCCAAGUGUCUUCGCUGGAGAUGGAUCAUCCGACGGAACAACCAACCAGACGCUAGGUUUCGAAAAGAUAUUCGUGGUGAACGCACCAUGGCGGACAGAUCGGAAGGAUGCGAUGUCUUUGGCUGCCGCGCACAGCAAGAUCCAAUUCGAAUGGGUCGAUGGGGUACUAGGAGAGACAAUUCAGGAGAAAGCGUAUCCGCCCGGUCAUCAUCGAACAUUGAGCUCUGGUAGUUUGGGGAGUUGGCGAGCACAUAUGGAUGCGAUGCGAGAAAUUGUCGUUCGCAAUCUCACGACGGCAUUGAUUCUUGAGGACGAUGCCGAUUGGGAUAUUCGCAUCCGCGCACAGCUCCUCUCAUUCCACUGUGCCGCGCGAAAGCUCUCUCUACUCACGCAUGAGGAAUCCAACCAGCAAAACCCUCCUGCUUUCGAAAAUAACUCUCAAAACCCAAUCGAGCUCGCAAAACGCUCAACGGUCCCCAUCACGUCCACAGAUAACCACAACGCACCAAAAGAGCCGUAUAGUCGUGAUUGGGAUGUCCUCUGGCUUGGACACUGCGGCACCGACCUACCGUCACCUUCUCCGGUCACCCCGAAUCGCGUCAUGAUUCUCAACGAUUUCACGGUGCCCUCUCCCAAACACCUCCGCCUCCGCGAAUCCUCGCCACCCGAUAUCAUCGCAACGCUCUAUCCACCCUACACACGCGUGUAUCACCGCGCAUCUAACAACACGCACUGCACGCUUGCCUACGCCGUCACCCAGCGCGGAGCUCGCAAGAUCUUGUUCGAGCUUGGAGUUCGGGACCUGUCGAAGGGUUUCGAUUUCGCGCUUUCGGAUUACUGUGCUGGAAUGGUGGAGGGCAAUGGGAAUGGCUUGGACAGGAAGUUGGAAUGUGUGACUGUACAGCCACCACUAUUUAGUCAUUACUGGGAUGAGAGGGGUAGAAGUGACAUCAUGGGGUUGGGAGUGGGCGGACGGCCCGAGGUGGGUAGUCGGUAUGUGAUUAGAAGCGUGAGGGCUAACCUAGAGGGGCUUGCUGAGGGGAGUGAGACGUUGUUCGAACAAUGGGGUGAUUGAUCUGAGGCUACAAAUUGAAAGUCCAGGCACAGCACUUUCACGCCAGGACAGGAAAUUCGGGCGCCGAUCUUGCAGGUCGCGCUAUCUACUUGUAGGCGUCGUCCCCCAUCCGACUUUCCCGUGCUGGCCCCGUAUGGGAGCAAACAGCUCAUCUAUCUUUAACUUCUCGGCAAUCGUUGCCUGCUCAUAUAGCGCAUCUAUCAAGACCUC